AUGGCCGAUGAUUCUCAAUUCGCCGGUAAAGUUCCUCCGAAUGCUGGUUCUCAAGGGUUCAACCCAGGCUUAAUAGUUCUACUUGUUGUUGGAGGGUUGUUAUUGACAUUCCUGAUUGGAAACAUUGUGCUCUACACUUAUGCACAGAAGAUCAUUCCUCCUAGGAAAAAGAAGCCUGUCUCAAAAAAGAAGAUCAAAAAGGAGAGACUGAGGCAAGGAGUCUCUGCACCUGGAGAGUAG